ACGCCGGGAAGGGGGCGGUGCCCGGCGGACUCCAGCUCCCGGCAGGCGCCGCGCGCGGGGCUGGGUCAGGGGUCAAGGGGCGGGGCCGAGCCGGGCGGAAGCGAGGCCGGCGGUACCGGGAGCGGCGCGCAGGCACCAGGCGAUGGCAGCAUGGAGGAGAGGACCGCGGGGACGGUGACAGAGCCCGUGACUGAGCCGGUGCCUGUGGCGGAGGAGGAGGAAGAAGAAAAGGAGGAGGCUGAUGAUGAUGAUGGCCUGGCAGGGCAGUUCCUGCAGCUGGAGCGGGAGCAGAGCGCGCUGCUGCGGGAGCUGCCGCCCUUCGGGGAGCCCGUCAGCCACGUCUACCACCCCCUCGACUACGCCUGGGAACCCCACUGCGACUUCGUGCGCCGUUACUGCCGUACCCCGAAACGCGUCCUCUUCCUCGGCAUGAACCCCGGCCCCUUCGGCAUGGCCCAGACCGGGGUUCCCUUCGGAGAAGCCUGGCACGUGCGGGAGUGGCUGCGGGUCGCUGGGGGGGUGACGAAGCCGCCCUCGGAGCACCCCAAGCGCCCGGUGCUGGGCCUGACGUGCCGACGGGCGGAGGUGAGCGGCGCCCGCUUUUGGGGGCUGGUACGGACCCUCUGCCCUGACCCCCACCUCUUCUUCCGUCACUGCUUCGUCCACAACCACUGUCCCCUCCUCUUCCUCGCCUCCAGCGGUCGGAACCUGCCCCCCACCGAGCUGCCCCCCGCCCAACGCGACCGGUUGCUGGGACUCUGCGACCGGGCGCUGGCGCGAGCCGUGGGGCUGCUGGGCGUGGGGCUGGUGGUGGGCGUGGGGCGGUACGCCGAGCGGCGGGCGCGGCGCGCUUUGGCGGCCGCCGGCAUGGCCGUUCGCGUCGAGGGGUUACCCCAUCCCUCGCCCCGAAACCCCCGCGCCAACCGGGGCUGGGAGGAGCUGGCCAAGGCGCGACUGGGAGAACUGGGGGUGCUGGAGUUGUUGGAGAAGGAGGGGGGAACGGCGGGGAGGUGAGGGGGGAGACAUGGAUCCAUGCCUCAGUUUCCCCUCACUGAGAGCAAGGUUGGGGGGGUUAAUGGGUCCGUGCCUCAGUUUCCCCCCAGGACCAACCCUGGGGUCUCACUCUGAGGGAGGGGAUGGAUCCGUGCCUCAGCUUCCUCCCAGGACUGAGUCUGGGGUCUCACUCCAAGGGAGGGGAUGGAUCCGUGCCUCAGCUUCCUCCCAGGACUGGGUCUGGGGUCUCACUCCGAGGGAGGGGAUGGAUCCGUGCCUCAGCUUCCUCCCAGGACUGAGUCUGGGGUCUCACUCCGAGGGAGGGGACGGAUCUGUGCCUCAGUUUCCCCUGCUGAGAGCAAAGCAGGGUCCCAUCCUGUGGGAGUGGGGGACUGACACCCCCUCCCAUGCCUCAGUUUCCCCUUGCUGCGUGGUGUACCCCACCCCAAGGGCUAAUUCUGCUGGGGACCCAACCAGCAGCCUCCAGUCUUCCCAGUUUAACACUAAAAAAGCUCUCGGGGUGGGGGCACCACAUCCUAUGGGGGUGCUGGCCGUGCACCCUGCCCCAUGCCUCAGUUUCCCCCGUGAGGUGCCCCAGGCUCAAUCCGCACUCACCUUUGGGGCUCCUCACAUUUUUAUUUCCCUUAAAAUCUCCCAUUUUGGGGUUUUUAUGGGUUUUUUUUAAGCUAUUUAGCCCAAGGGGUGGUGGCCCCGCUCACUCCAGGCAGGGGAAACUGAGGCAUGGGUGCGUCCCCUGGGCCUGGGGGAUGGGGGGGACGCAGGGGGCUCCCCGGGGUGCCCCGUCCGGUGUCCCCGUGCCUCAGUUUCCCCUCCUGGCAAUAAACACUGCGUCCGUCGGG